AUGUCGACAAGCCUUGAUAGAACUAAAACGUCGAGAUCGUUCCCUUCUUCCUCUCUCGAGUUCUCAGCCUCUCUCGAGUUCUCAGAAGCCCUUCACUCUCUUCAAGAAUCCGCUCCAGAGGUUGCCAAAUGUUUGUACGAGCAAAAUCUGUCAAAGUGCCGAUUUGUGGCAGAGGAGAACGUUGCGGAGAUUCCGCGGUUCCUCAAUACGGAAAUUGCUGAAGGUUUGAUACUAGGCAAGGGCGGAUUUGGUACGGUUUAUAGCGCCAAAGGCUUCUCAAUGGUGAUUGAGGAAGGAAAGGAAGGUCUCGAUGACAGCGUUCACGACGGAGAGAUUGAAUCCAGGAAUUUCAUCGCUAGGCAUUGUCAUCGAAGCAACGGAGAUGCUAGAUACGCCAUCAAAAGACUAGCCAAGACAACAGUCGAAGAUGUUCACAAAUUCCUUCAUGGAAUGACAGACCUGGCCAACGAGACACUCUUCUUAAGUUCGAUUCAACACCCACACAUUAUCAAGCUACGAGGGAUUUCGAUGGAGGAGAUGUUCAGUGAGAACUAUUUUCUCAUACUUGAUCGUUUGUAUGAUACGCUAGCAGCUCGCUUACUAAAAUGGAAGAAUAAACAACGGAAGCAUCGUGGCUUGGUUCGCAUUCUCCGAAGACAAGACAAGUCCAAGAGGAAGAAACUGUUGGCCACGAGACUGACAUUUGCUUCAGACCUAGCGUCGGCUCUGGCCUAUCUUCAUAGUCAUCGCAUCAUCCACAGAGACGUCAAACCAACGAAUAUUGGCUUUGAUGUGAGGGGCGACAUCAAAAUAUUCGACUUCGGAUUGGCGAAGGAAAUCCCGUUGGACCUCAAGGGAUCAGACACUGCCUUCAAACUCACAGCUAUGGCAGGCACGCCGCGAUACAUGAGUCCCGAAGUUGCUCUGGGACAAAAGUACAACGAAACCUGCGAUAUCUAUAGUUUUGGAUUAUUGCUCUGGGAAAUUAUCACGUUGCGACUGCCUUAUUCCAGCCAGAAGAGCAUAGAAGAUUUCCGAGAGAAUGUUUGGAGCACAAAUGGGACGAUAGUGCGCCCUGAAGUACCAAAGAAACUAUCCUCAAACUUGAAACAGCUUCUGCAUCGUACGUGGGACCGAGACUUGACAAAUCGUCCGAGCGCCAGAAAUUUCGAGAAUGCCCUUCGGUUCGAAGCUUCUAUGCUCCGAGAUGGUGCUUUGAAUGAUGUUGAAGAGAGUCUAGUGCCGCAGAGAAGACGGUCGACGUUCUUGUUCAUACCAGGAAAGGGCGAGGCUGUCAAUCGAUCUUCCCCAACAAUCAUGGCAUUGUCUGAGAUCGCCGAGUCAGAUACUGACAUCUUCCAUGCUGUUGGAGCCUCGCACAAUAGUGUCUUUACUUUAUCUGAUGAAUCCGAAAAUACGAGUACACCUUCGAUGAAAGUGUUCAACACAUCCAUUCGAUCCGAAAGUGCUGUAAUGUCGUCAUCGCCGCUUAAACAUGCUCAGAGCGACGGUGCAAUUCCGAAGCGAAUAGACCAUGCCGUCGGAGCCUCUCACAAUAAUGUAUUCACUUUGUCUGAACGUUCCGAUGGUACACCCAAGACGAAUAUGUUCGAUACAUCCGUUCGUUCCGACGGUACGCCUAAGACCAAUAUGUUUGACGCAUCCAUUCGAUCCGAAAGUGCAGGGCUUUUGUCACCUCACCUGAAAGAAUCGAAGGAUGGUAAUAUUAUCUUGAAUGGAUUUGCUGUUACAAGGGAUUGUCAAAUAAGCUUGUCUGUCGGUUUGGAGGACCCUGGUUAUUCUCCGCCAGCUCUUAAAAGUCUCAGUCGAGCGGAAUCAGGACAAUCGAUGGCAAGUAUUGACUCGCUAGAUUUUUGA